AUGUCUACAACGUUCGAGGGUACCGGCACUCGACGCCGAAAGGUCGGGUUAAUUCUGCCUGAGGCUCCCAAGGGUUUGAUCGUGCCUGAGGAAAGAAGUGAUGAUAUCUUUAAACGAAAGCAACAUCUUGGAAAAACUGCCAUGACAGCCUCCUUUACGGACAGCCAGUACAGUUUUGGCUCAGUUUCACCCGCUGACGCCACCGAUGGCAAUUUCUUUGACUCCAAAACCUCUCUCCAUCAGUCAUUCCGCGAUGCAGGUGCUGGAGUCCAGACCUCAAUCGAAGAGAAGGAUGAUGGGCUGGGUAAUUCCGUCACCAGUGUCUGUGAGCCGCUUGCGGCUCAAGGCAGCCACAACCGGUCUAACAGCCCUGCACCUUUCUCUGAGUUUUACCUGUCUUUGGACGACAAUAUAUUAUGCACCUGCGGGCCCGAAGAGUACUCCUUUGAUGGCACUAAUGACCAAGUAGUAGAACUCACGUUUGAUCUAGACGAUCAGAAGGAGAAGAAGGCGUCAGAGCUCCGCCAAAGUCCGCCACAUCCUCUGCAUUGCGAUCAUCACUGUGUAGUUCAACCUACUACCCAAUGCAGACGGCGCGCCUAUCGUCACAGGAAAUUACGUCAGGUUAGGCGUUAUAGCACAAACCUCUCAUAUCCACCCUGUACUGUUGUUGCUCUGUUGCGCAGUGUGCCCAUCUUUGAGAGCCUGCCACCGGAGAGAUUGGCAAAGUUUGUGGAUCUGCUGGAGGAGGUACACUACGACCCAGGAGAAUACGUCAUACGUCAGGGUGCUCGUGGCGAUACCUUCUACAUCAUUGCCAAUGGAACGGUUCAGGUGACGCAGAACGACACAACCGCCGAGGCAGGUCUUGCCACUGCUACAGCAGGAGCAGCGAAGGAGAAAUUCGUACGACUGAUGGGUCGUGGAGAGUGGUUUGGAGAAAAAGCCCUAAAGAAGUAA